AUGACAGUCCACAGAUCCGUAAAACGUUUUGAAGAGCUUAGACAUGACUGUGACAGACCUAGAAGUGGUCGUCCAGCAUCUGUUAACACCGUGGCCAAUCGUCAGAUGAUCAAGAAGCGCUUUAAGCGAAAUCCACGGACCCUAGUACGAAAAAUGGCCCGGGAGGCGGGAAUCAAAGAAUCGACUUUGAGGCGCAUAGUGGGAAAGAAACUUAAGAUGAAGCUGUACAAACUCAAAAAAGUUCAGAAGCUAACUGAAGAAAACAAGGCGGUACGUUUCGAAAGAUGUAAACUGCUUGACCAGCGGGCCGCUGGUCAAAAAUGGGAACGAAUCCUUUUCACUGAUGAGAGGAUAUAUACAUUUUACAGAGGCCUACAAUCCCCAAAAUGACAAAUAAUACUCAACAGAGCCUCCUAAAGCUGAAUUCAUUGUGGCAGGUCGUCAACACCCUCGGGGCAUUAUGGUUUGGGCCAGUAUCUGUGCUUCAGGCAAGAUUUCUUUGAUUUUUGUCGAUGAAGGCGUGAAGAUUAACAAAAAAGUGUAUCAAAGGGACAUUUUGGAAGCUGUGGUACUCCCUUGGUCCCGAGAACACUUCAAGAACACCAAAUGGACGUUUCAACAGGACUCUGCUGCAGCCCAUAAAGCCAAAACAACACAGGAGUGA